AUGGGCAUCGGGAACUGCAAGGACUAUCUCUUCGACAGCAGCCUGCCAGACUUGCCGGAGCUCCAGUUUGAUCUCAUGCACGACGGAAAGAAGUAUAAGGCCUCGAUUCUCCCCGAGAAGAUUGUGACGAGGCUGAGAGAGUCUCUGCAAGACAGGUACAAGUACUCUACGAGUUGGAGACUUCUCUUCUCUACGUUUGAGAAUGGGUUUUCCUACAGGACCUUCCUUGAAAGCUUUGGGGAGAACGAAUGGCCAUUUGUGCUUGCAUGUAGGACCAAGGAUGGAGACCUAUUUGGAGCAUUUUUCGAGGAUAGAAUCAGAAUAGCAAGGAAUCCAUAUGGAAGGGACUCUAUGUUUCUCUUCACAGCAGCCAGGCGCGGUGCAGACAGAUUGGCGGACAGUGAGGUAGCAGUUUUUCGGAUAUCGAAGGGCAAGGGGACAGGCAUCUAUUGCUGCCCGGAUUUCUUCGCGUUUGGCUGCAGUGGAGAAAGAUUUGGGCUGCUGAUAAACAAGUCACUGCUUGAUGGGGAGACACACCCAGUGGAGACCUUUGGAAAUUGUCUCCUUGCUUCCAAAAGGCAUUUCAGGAUAUCCUAUCUUGAACUGUGGCUUGUCCAGAUAUAG